AUGGAUAUAGAAAAGGAAUCAUUCAAAGGUCUACCAGCUUUAGAAUAUUUAGAUUUAGCUGAAAAUAAAAUAAAAACCCUCAGAUCAGGUGUUUUAAAUGGAGCUAAAGAAGUAAUGUAUUUAAAUUUAUCGUACAAUUUGUUGUCAGAAUUAGAGUUAGGUUUAUUUGAUGAAAAACCUAAUUUAAAACUAUUAGAUUUAAGAGGUAAUACAAUAUUUCUUUUGAAAUUUGGUAUUUUUGAUGCUUUAAAGAAGAUACAACAUAUUGAUCUGUCUAGUAAUUCUCUUUUGGGUAGAGAAAUAAAUCCAUAUACAUUUGACAGCAGUAAGGAAAUUCAAUUUAUCGAUUUUUCUAGAAAUGAUAUGUCCGAAUCACCUGAUAACCUUUUACAUGCAUUCCGUGCAUUGGACUUUUUAAAUCUGGACAGAUGUUUCCUCAAAGAAGUGCCUAGAUUUGCAACGAUACCUAAUUUAAAGAAUUUGAAACAUUUAAUGCUGUCUACAAAUUUGAUAAGUAAAAUUGAUAAUGCUGCAAUAUUUGUGAAUUUGGAUAAUUUAGAAAUAUUAAAUUUGGCGGAAAAUUGCUUGGAAUAUAUUAAUGAGAAAUCAUUGAAACCAUUGAGGAAUUUAAAAAUGAUUGUAUUAAGAGAUAAUAAACUGAAACAUAUAUCUGAUGAUUUGUUUAGAAAUUUACCUGUAUUAGGAAUUGUAGAUUUAUCACAUAAUGCAUUAACUUCAGUUCCUGUUAAUAUGUUUAAAGGAACUGCUAUAAAGAAUCUUAAUUUGUCCCAUAAUAAAAUAACAUAUUUGGAAUAUAAUUUCUGUUUGGAGUUGAUGAAUAUUGGAGGGAAAUUAUCGAAAUUUUUCUUCAAUCAGAACCCAUGGCAGUGUUCCUGUUUAAGAGAGUUGCUUCGUGAGUUAAAAGCUUUGAAUGUGGGAUAUAAUUCAGUGAUGUAUAACGGAGAACAUCCUGUAUGUGUGACUGAUGUGGAUUUUGUGUGUCAUAGACAUGAAAAUUAUAAUGAUGUUUAUGUUAAAAUGUUCGAGAACUUAAUUUCAUAG